UCGACCGAUUUUUCACCGACGUCGAUCACGCGCGCCGGCUCGCCCGCGAUCAGCUUUCACGAUCGUGACGAACUUGCCCGCACGGUCGCACGCGCGAUCGGCAUACGCCGUUUGGCUCCUCUUAGCACGAGAGUGAUUCGCGUGCUCUCGAAUCGCAGACAUGGCCGUCUUAGUCGUCUUAGCCGUUUCCCUCGCGAUCACCUUGAUCGACGCGGCCUCCAUCGGCUAUGUCGCCACCUCCGGCCCGAAGGAUCUCUGCGACAGCAAAGUUUAUUGCGAGGGUCCGCUGUUGCACACGGUGCAGCUCAGUGGAAUUUUUAACGACAGCAAAACGUUCGUGGAUCGUUACCAGCUUCACGAGCCGGAUGUGACAAUUGACAAUUUCAACGCAUUGAUGAAAGCUACCAACAACAAUCCGAAUCGCACUCAGGUGGACAAAUUCGUUCGGGAAAAUUUUGCUAUGCAGGAUGAGCUGGAAAAUACAACGUUGCCCGAUUGGCAAGAAAACCCUGACAUUCUGCUAUCCAUUCGAGACUCCAAGUUUCGCGGGUGGGCGAAAAACUUGAACAACAUCUGGAGGAUACUGGCGAGAAAGAUGAAGAAUGCCGUGAUGGUCGAUCCGCAGCGGCACAGUCUGAUUCCCGUUAAUAAUACUUUCAUCGUUCCUGGAGGACGAUUUAAAGAGUUUUAUUACUGGGACAGCUAUUGGAUAAUCGAGGGGCUGUUGCUGUGCGGCAUGCACAUUACCGUUAAGGGGAUGAUCGAAAAUUUCCUCUCCAUGGUAGACAGAUACGGUUUCGUUCCGAACGGCGGCCGAGUUUAUUAUCUCUCGAGGAGCCAACCGCCACUGUUAAUACCGAUGGUUGAAAAAUAUUACGACUUUACGAGCGACCGCGAGUUCCUGGUGAAAAACAUAGCUCUCCUCGAGGCCGAGUUUGAAUACUGGCAGAACGAGAAGACGGUGAAUGUAACGAAGAAUGGUAGAACGUACAGGAUGGCGCGUUACGUAGUAAACAGCCGUGGACCACGACCAGAGAGUUACAAGGAGGAUUACGGGCUGGCGCAACAACUGCCGGAGCAGAGGCGAGAAGUGCUUUACAACGACUUGAAAGCCGCCGCAGAGAGCGGCUGGGACUUCUCUUACAGAUGGUGUGUCGUAACCAACGAGGCUGGCAAGCUCAGUCUCGUCAACGUCUCCACGAGCAACAUUAUACCCGUUGAUUUGAACGCGAUAUUAGAACGAAACGCCAGAUUGCUCGUCCGCUUCAAUGGUAUUCUGGGCAACGCCGAGAAAGUCCGGCGUUAUACGAAAAUCGCGGAGGACUAUCAAGCUGCUAUCGACAACAUCCUGUGGAACGAGGAUGCGGGAGUCUGGCUCGACUACAACGUAGUCAAUAAACGAUCCAAUAAUGCGUUCUAUCCCUCGAAUCUGACGCCUCUGUAUACGAUGAGCUAUAAUACUUCGUCCUAUAAGAAACUCCAAUACGCACGGAAGGCCGUUGCUUACCUUAAGAAAAACAAGAUCGAAUUGUACUUCGGUGGUACACCGACCUCUAUGAACCAGACCGGCGAGCAGUGGGACUAUCCGAACGCGUGGCCGCCAUUGCAGUCCUUCCUGAUUAAAGGUCUCCAUCAAACAUCGGAGAAAGAAGCGAUCGACUACGCCUUCGAUCUCGCCACUAGAUGGCUCAGAUCGAAUUACAUCGGUUACGACGAGUACGGCAAGAUGUUCGAGAAGUACAACGCGGAGGUUCCCGGCAGCAGCGGCGGCGGCGGCGAGUACAACGUUCAGGAGGGCUUCGGCUGGACGAACGGGGUUGUCUUCGAGUUCCUCCGUCUCUAUCCGAACGCCACGUCCUCGGACGACGUCGAGUUCGACUACGGUAACAGUGUUAGCAGAUAAUGCAGGUGGCCGAAUAAGUAAUCAAUUGGUCGCGCUCGAACGAGCGUGAACGUGUGAACAACGCAGAUUACUGAGAGCGUUUGCACAGAUAACGGAGCAACUUUACAACGAAUCUAGUCGCAAUUCCGGGGCAGCCUAAGAAAAGGAAAGAGAUCAGUGAAGGGAAGACAGAAAGAUAGGAAAGAAAAGUAGACGAUCUCGCCGAUUGUAAUGCCAAACUGAGUUACGCCGAAAUUCGUACGCACAGAGAAAAAGAUCUCUUUGGUUUUAAUACAAUUUUUUUCUUAAUCGAAACAAAUUCGCCCCGAAAUGGAGUAAAUAAACGGACGCCGAUUCGACAAACAGAAUUGUUUGCUUUCCCAAACAAUAAAUAUCUUUGUAACAUAUUUCUUUAUAUUUGCAAUUCAAACGUUACAAUGGUUGCCACAAAUAAUAAACUAUUCGAAAGAAGUGACGCUAUGUGGAAAAAUGUUAAAGGACUUUUUCGUUUCAGUAGAAUGAUAUCUAAUGAAAUCAAUUUUGUUCCUGUUGAAAACUAAAUAUUACUUCCUCUAAAUAAUAUCGCUUUUUCUAUCAAACAAUACGGUUUACUCUAACGAAACGUUUUCGUUCGAGCGAAACGAUGCCUGAUUAAAGCGUGUUGUUCAUAUUAAACAGCAUAUUAUUAUAUUAAAUAUAUUAUUAUAUUAUUUAUUAUUAUAUUAUAUAAUCAUAUAUUUUAUAUUAAACCAAUCCAAACACACGUGUAUUAAAUUCAAAGGAACCUUCCUCUCUGUAAAAUUAUCGCAAUGCGUGCCUUAACGCGUCUUCGACGCGAGGUUGCAGAGUGAGAAAAAAGCGAAAAAAAAGCAACAAUGCAAAACAAUGAAUUUUUAUCCCAUCACUGUCAGAAGAUAGGAUAUAUCGAGUUACCGAAGCGACUGAUGCAUGUCGACUGUUCACCGGUGCGUCAUCGUAACCACUUGUACAGAUAUUGAAUUAACACGAGUUGAGGGUGUCCUCCGUGACGUUACCGUUGCGUUACGGGGGUUGUAACUAUUUCGAUCUAUUUUGUUUAACGCGCACCGUGCUGUGUAUCUGAAAAAGCCUUCCUCCCCAGGAACAGCUGGCACUGUCACGCGAUAUAUGGACGUUCCAUUUAUGCGUGUAAAAUUCGCCAGAAAAACCUCUAACGGCUAUGAAACUCGAUAUUUUUUAAGUUAUUACUCUUCCGUGACGCUUAUAUCUCUGAUACGCAAUAUCGUGCGCCAUUAUAUCCGUUAAAUUCCGGACGGGGUUGCUGAUCGUUGUGCAGGUUUCACGUAUGAAUAUAACAAUUCGCUCGCCGUGGUUAAACAAUCGAUCUAUUUGUCGUGGUCGUUUGCUUUCCUCCCACUAAUUUGGCUAAUGCGGCUAAUCGUCAGAAUAAAUGUGCACGAUACAAGCGUGCGAUAAUUCCGC